AUUAAAUAGUAAGCAAUACCUCUUCCUCGCCCUCCUGUCUCUCCACCAUACAUAGCUCUGUACAGUUUCUCUCUCUCUCUAGCUCUGUACAGUUCCUCCCUCUCUCCCCAUACGGCAUGGUAAAGCCAUUCCUCGACAGCGACGUUCCCAAGCAGAACCUUUCACAGAGGUAGAAGGUGCUAUCCUGCUGUUGCUCUCUUCCUUUAUUAGAAAAAAAAAAGGAAGUUAGAUUCUUCUUUUCAUCGUCGCGGAAAUAGCAGAUGCCGGAGACCGGCGGAUCCGGCCACCCCUGAACGCCGUCGACGGUGCUUUUGUAUGGACCCUAGCUGCCGGAAACGGCCGGACUCGGAGGCCUCCUCGACCCCUUUUCCCAAGAAAUCAAAAACCUCUACAUCUUCUUCUUUUCCAAUCGCAGCUCCUUCUCUUCCGGGUGUGCGACUAAUGGACUCGGCAGCCGGGUCGUCCGGGUCAAAGAACCCGGGUCGCGACAGAGAGAGGGACUCCGAUAAGGGGAAGGAGAAAGAACCCGAAUUUGAGUUCACGAGCAGCCGCAGGGAGAGAGGCUUAGGGUUAGGUUUUCGCGACGAUGAGACUGGCAUCGACGAUGACGACGACGACGAUGAUUCCGACGGGAGUUUUGCUCUGUUGCAACAGAACUUCACGUCCGCGAGCACCGCUCUACAAGGGCUUCUGAGAAAGCUGGGCGCCGGCCUCGACGACUGGCUGCCGCCGGGGGCGGCAGCUGCGGCGGCCUCUUCAGCUCACGGUGGGGGGCGGCUCAAGAAGAUACUAGCCGGCCUGCGGGCUGACGGUGAAGAUGGACGGCGAAUUGAGGCAUUGACUCAGCUUUGCGAGAUGUUAUUGACUGGGAGCGAGGACUCGUUUGGGGGUUUUCCGGUGGAUUCUUUUCUGCCCGUGCUUGUGGACCUGCUUAAUCACGAGAGCAAUGCGGAUGUGAUGGUGUUGGCUGCGAGGGCGCUCACGCAUCUCUGCGAGGUGCUUCCAUCUUCCUGUGGUGCGGUGGUGCAUUAUGGUGCCGUUCCGUGCUUCUGUGCUAGAUUGCUCAACAUUGAGUACAUGGACUUGGCUGAACAGUCAUUACAAGCUCUAAGGAAGAUAUCUCAAGAGCACCCAACUGCGUGUCUGCGAGCUGGUGCACUGAUGGCAGUUCUUUCGUUCCUUGAUUUCUUCCCUACUGGUGUCCAGAGAAUAGCUCUGGCAACUGCUGCAAAUAUGUGCAAGAAGCUCCCAUCUGAUGCAGCCAACCUUGUCAUGGAAGCAGUGCCUCUGCUGACAAAUCUUCUUCAGUCUCAUGAUUCGAAGGUAUUAGAGCAUUCUUGUGUUUGCUUGAUUCGCAUUGCAGAAGCAUUUUCUUCAUCUCCAGAGAAAUUAGAUGAUCUAGCCAAUCAUGGACUGGUUGCACAAGCUGCUUCACUUAUUUCCAUAAGUAAUUCUGGGGGAGGUCAGACAUCUCUGAGCACGUCUACGUACACGGGCUUAAUCCGGUUGCUAUCAAUAUGUGCCAGUGGGUCUUCAUUGGGAGCCAAAACUUUACUUCUGCUUGGGAUAAGUGGGAUUCUUAAAGAUAUACUUUCUGGUUCUGACUUAGUAGGAAAUAUUUCUGUUUCCCCUGCUUUGACUAGACCUCCAGAUCAGAUUUUUGAAAUUGUGAACCUGGCGGACGUGCUUCUCCCUCCAUUGCCAGAUGGUUCCAUCUUCCUUCCAACCUGCUGUAAUUUUCAGAUGAAAAGUCCAACAAGGAAGUACUCUCUUCCCAUCAGUACAGGUAAACUGGAAGAUAGAAGUAUUAAUGCAACUGAGGAUUCAGCUCGUGAGAAAUUAUAUCGAGAUCAACCUGAAUUUCUACAGCAAUUUGGAAUGGAAGUUCUUCCAACUCUAGUACAGGUCUACGAGUCCACUGUGAAUAUCCAAGUUCGUUACAAAUGCCUUUCUGUUAUUGGAAAGUUGAUGUAUUUCAGCACCACAGAUAUGAUUCUUUUGAUAUCAAGCGCUGCAAACUUAUCAAGUUUCCUGGCUGGUGUUUUAGUAGAUAAAGAUCCUCAAGUUUUGAUUCCUGCAAUCCAAAUAGCAGAGAUUCUCGUGGAAAAGCUUCCUGAAAUUUUCAUUAGGAUGUUUGUGAGAGAAGGCGUGUUUCAUGCAGUGGACUUGCUAAUAUCUAAUGAUUCCUCAAACAUGGUUUCUGCUCAAUUUUCUUCCACGAAAAAGGAUAAUGACCUUGUGUGUGAAGCAUCAUCCCAUCCUAAGCCUUAUCUAAAGCAAUCUGGUUGUUCAAAUCCAGUGAGAAGUUCUUUGGAUGAACCGAAAGUACCAUUUUCAGUGAAUAUUGCUUCAUGCUUGGCCUCAGUAGAAAUUCUGACCACAAAUUCUAGCACCCAUUGGCCAGUCACUGCCUGUGCAAAAGCCUUCAAAGAUAAAUGCUUCCCUUCAGGCCUUGGGGAAGCUGAAGUUGGAGUUACCGAUGAACUGUUACGAUUGAAAAGUCUCUGUGUCAUUUUGAAUACAGCUGUUGAUGAUCUGAAGACUAAAGCAAAUGGAAACUUGAAAGCCAUUGGGUCCUAUUUCACCGAUCUUUUAUCCAAUACGGAGGAACACUUGAUUGAAGUGAUAUCUUCCUUGUUGGAGGAGCUAAGAAAAGAAGAUGCUGUAUCCACAUUUGAGUUUAUUGGUAGUGGAGUUGUUGAAGCUUUGUUAAACUACAUCUCAUGUGGUGCAUUUUAUAGCAGUAGAAAGUCAGAAGCUAACUCGUUAGAAUUUCGGAAGCAAGCACUUAGGAGGCUUAGGUUGUUUACUGCGGUUGCCCUUCCUUCUGGCUUUAGAGAAGGGGGUGAAAUCCCUAUGACUGUUUUGAUUCGGAAGCUUCAAAAUGCUUUAUCCUCGCUGGAACGAUUUCCGGUUGUGUUGAGUCCAUCUAGGUCAUUCGGUGGAAAUGCACGUACGGUAUCUGGAUUCAGCUCAUUGCCUCAACCAUUUAAGCUUCGUCUUUGUAGGGCUCAAGGUGAUAAAUCUCUGCGUGAUUACUCUUCAAAAAUUGUACUGAUUGAUCCUCUGUCAAGUUUGGCAGCGGUUGAAGAAUUUCUUUGGCCGAGAGUUCAGCGAGGGGAAUCUAGGCAGAAGGGUCGGGCACUUGGAGGAAGCUCAGAGUCUGGAGCCCCAGUUGUGGAGGCUGGUUUUUCAUCAUGUUCAACUUCUGCCCUUGCUUCUGCUACCCGUCAUCAUUCUUCCAAUUCCAGAUCGUUAAUGACGAUAGGAGGUACAUCUAUAAAGGGCUCAUUAGAGCAGGGUAGUGGAAGUUCAUUGAAGAGAAGGGGAAAGUCUUUUCUGUUAUCUGCUCCAAAAGAGGCAAGAGGACCUCAAUCUAGAAAUACUGCACAAAGAGGAGCAGCUGUAUAUAAAGCUGUAUCCUCGAAACCUGCUCAUGGGGACUCUACAUCCGAGGAUGAGUUUGAUGUAUCUCCACUUGAGAUUGAUGAUGCAUUGGUUAUUGAAGAGGAUGAUCUUUCCGACUGCGAAGAUGACGAUCACCAAGAUGUGUUAAAAAAUGAUGUCACAGUUUGCAUGCCAGACAAUGUAAAUGAAGUGAAAUUGGGUGAUUCUGCUGGAGAUACUAUGGUUGUCUCUGGACCAGGGGAGAGCCAUGCAUAUUUCUUGUCUGGUUCUAAUAAGAUGGCUACUGCCCUUAGAGGUGUGGAUUCUGGAAACACUUCUGAUUCAAAAGGUGCAAUGUCAUAUGCAACUGCCAUGGAUGGGCUUGUUCAUUCAAACAGCAGAGGCUUGAGGGGUGGUAGAGAUCGGCAACGACAUAGGCUCGCUGGUUGUACAAAUGAUCCUCCCAAAUUAGUAUUUUCUGCCAGUGGGAAGCAGCUUAAUAGGAAUAUGACCAUAUACCAGGCUGUACAAGAUAAGCGUGUGGUGGAUGAGGAGGAUGAGAGGCAUAAUGGUGAAUUUUUGUCCUAUGAUGGAAACAGGGUAUUGGAUGAUGUGUAUACCAUCAUGUAUCAGAGAGCAGACAGCCAAAUUGAUGGUACUUCAACUGUAAGUUUAAAGUUAUCCCCAUCAGAACUUUCAAAGACUGGUUCUGCUUUUAGUUGCGACUAUCGGACUCAAUUGGAUCAAAUAUCACUUGUGGAUGGAAUUUUGCUGGGGGAUCUUCCUUGUGAUUUGGGGAAAAGUAACCCUACAUAUUGUAUAUUGGCGUUGUUGCGUGCAUUGGAAUGUGUAAAUCAGCUUGCACCUCAAUUAAGAGCCCAGGCCAUGUAUGAUGACUUCUCAAAGGGCAAGAUUUUGAGUUUUGAUGACUUGGUGGUUGUCAGCCCCAAGGUUCCUCAAGAGGAAUUUGUUAACACCAAGCUGACUCCCAAACUGUCUCGCCAAAUCCAGGAUACCAUGGCACUCUGCAGUGGUAGCCUGCCUUUGUGGUGUUACCAGUUGACCAAAGCAUGUCCAUUCUUGUUUCCUUUUGAGAUAAGGAGGCAAUAUUUCCAUUCUACUGCCUUUGGAUUGUCUCAUGCACUGCAUUGGCUUCAGCAGCGGCAAGGUGCUGAUGCUCAUAGCUCUGCAAAUGAAAGAGAGGCUCGUAUUAGCAGAUUACAACGCCAGAAGGUUCGUGUGUCUAGAAAUCGGAUACUGGAUUCUGCCAUGAAAGUUAUGGAGAUGUACUGUAGCCAAAAAGGUGUCCUAGAAGUAGAGUACUUUGGUGAGAUUGGCACUGGAUUGGGUCCCACCUUGGAAUUCUAUACCCUUUUAAGUCAUGACUUACAAAAGGUUGGAUUGGGAAUGUGGAGAUCUAGUUGCAGUACAAAAAAUCCUGCAAUGGAAACAGAUGAACCAAAUAGAAUGUUCAACAGUUCUUCAGAAGGAAAUGAACUUGGGUCUGGUUAUGUUGCUGGUGCUGGAGAUCUUGUGCAGGCUCCACUUGGUUUGUUUCCUCGUCCAUGGCCUCCCAGUGCAGAGGUUUCUGAUGGUAGCCAAUUUUCCAAAGUGCUCGAAUAUUUUCAGUUGGUUGGACGGGUGAUGGCCAAGGCUCUUCAAGAUGGACGACCUCUGGAUUUGCCACUGUCGACUGCAUUUUAUAAGCUUGUUCUUGGUCAAGAGCUUGAUUUGCACGACAUCUCCUUGUUUGAUGCUGAACUUGGGAAGAUUUUGCAUGAAUUACGAGCCCUUGUUUGUCGGAAACGGUAUCUAGAGAGUACAACUGGACAUAGAUGUGAGGAAAAUUCUGGUUUAUGUUUCCGUGGAGCCCCUAUUGAAGAUCUUUGUCUAGAUUUCUCACUUCCUGGAUAUCCAGAUUACUUUCUGAGACCGGGCGAAAAAAAUGUCCUAGUGGAUGUUAAUAACUUGGAGGAGUACAUUGCCUUGAUAGUUGAUGCAACUGUUAAAAGUGGAAUAAGGCGGCAAAUGGAAGCAUUUAUUUCAGGGUUUAAUCAGGUUUUUGACAUCUCAGCCCUACAAAUUUUUUUCCCACAUGAACUUGAUUACCUUCUCUGUGGCCGUAGAGAACUGUGGGAGGCCGCAGCACUUGUUGAUCAUAUAAAAUUUGAUCAUGGAUACACAGCCAAGAGUCCUGUAAUUGUUAAUUUACUUGAAAUAAUGGGAGAGUUCACACCUGAGCAACAGCGCGCAUUUUGCCAAUUUGUUACUGGCGCACCUAGGCUGCCACCUGGUGGUUUAGCCAUGCUAAACCCGAAGUUGACCAUUGUGAGAAAGACUUCCUAUACCACUACAAAUUCAGGAACCAAUGUGAUAGGGGCUUCUGAAUCAGUAGAUGAGGACUUGCCCAGUGUCAUGACUUGUGCCAACUACCUCAAGCUUCCACCCUAUUCAACCAAGGAAAUUAUGUACAAGAAGCUACAUUAUGCCAUCAAAGAGGGGCAGGGAUCUUUUGAUUUGUCAUAGCCUGCUAAAACAUUUUUGGUACUUGGAAAGCUUUACCAAUUCUACUUAGCAGCCUAUUCCCCAAGACUGCUGGCCGGAAAUCUGGAGUUUUGUGAGAAUAGGGGGACCAUGUUGGGCUAAAUUUCCGUUUGAGGAGACUCAUCUAAAUUCCUGCACAAGGGCACAUAUAUACACAGAUUUGUAAAUGCUUUCCAGUUUCUGUUUUUGGUUUUCUUGAGAUCAUAAUUAUUCAAUAAGAUAUAUUCCUCAGUUCAUUGUUA